CGAUGGAUGACUCUCUGCCCCUGGAAGCGGAGCUGGAGCAGCAGUGGUUGUCCAACAGCUCCCUGAAUGAGUCCCUGUCCAACCAGUUUGUGCAGCCCCCGUGGCAGGUGGCCCUGUGGGCCGUGGCCUACGCCCUGAUCGUGGUGGUGGCGGUGGUGGGGAACGUGGUGGUGAUGUGGAUCAUCCUGGCCCACAAGCGCAUGAGGACGGUCACCAACUACUUCCUGGUGAACCUGGCGUUUGCCGAGGCCUCCAUGGCUGCCUUCAACACCGUGGUGAACUUCACCUACGCCAUCCACAACGAGUGGUACUACGGGCUCUUCUACUGCCGCUUCCACAACUUCUUCCCCAUCGCUGCUGUCUUCGCCAGCAUCUACUCCAUGACGGCCAUCGCCCUGGACAGGUACAUGGCCAUCAUCCACCCCCUGCGCCCUCGGCUCUCAGCCUCGGCCACCAAGGUGGUCAUCGGGGUCAUCUGGCUCCUGGCAUUCCUGCUGGCCUUCCCACAGGGAUAUUAUUCCAUGAUGGCAGAGCUCCCAGGACGACUGGUGUGUCUGGUGGAGUGGCCUGAGCCCGGGCCACACGUGUACGGAAAAACGUACCACUUCUGCAUGACCAUCCUGAUCUACUUCCUGCCCCUCCUGGUCAUAGGCUGUGCCUACACCGUGGUGGGACUCACCCUCUGGGCCAGCGAGAUCCCCGGGGACUCCUCCGACCGCUACCACGAGCAGGUCUCGGCCAAGCGGAAGGUGGUGAAGAUGAUGAUCAUCGUGGUGUGCACCUUCGCGCUGUGCUGGCUGCCCUACCACAUCUACUUCACCCUGCAGUACUUCCACCCCGAGUGGUACUUCCAGAAGUUCAUCCAGCAGGUCUACCUGGCCAUCAUGUGGCUGGCCAUGAGCUCCACCAUGUACAACCCCAUCAUCUACUGCUGCCUCAACGACAGGUUCCGUGUGGGCUUCAAACACGCGUUCCGGUGGUGCCCCCUGGUCAGCGCGGGUGAGUACGAGGGGCUGGAGCUGAAGUCAGCCCGGUACCUGCAGACCCAGAGCAGCGUCUACAAGGCCAGCAGGAUCGAGACCACCGUGUCCCUGGCCGUGGGGAUGGCGGAGGAGGAGCUGGAGGAGCCCUCCAAGGCCAAGCGUCUCUCCAUAGAUGUGACCUCCAACGGCUCCUCCCGCAGCGACUCCAAAACCGUCUCCGAGAGCUUCAGCUUCUACUCCAACACCCUCACCUGAGGGGCUCCCCGGCUCCAUCAGCCACUCCUGAGGUGCCACCACCCCCCUGCCCUCACCGGGACGCUCCAGGGCUCCACCCACGGCCCUGGUUUGUGAUGUGCUGGUGUUUUCUGUGGUGUUCUGUCAUCUCCCACUCGCUCGCCAUCCCCGGGUGAGCCCAGCAGGGAAAGCUUUGGAUUAGUUCCAUGUGUUCCAUCAUGACCUGUGUGGAGAGGGUGCAGGAAUGGGACAGAGCUGGCUCUUCCUCCAAAACUGUGAUUACAACUUGGCAGGAGCUUCCCAUGUUCUCAGCAAGGAUCUCCCAGUGCAUCCCACACCUCUGGAAAAUGAGCCUGUCCUGUGCUUUCCCCCUUCCCACCUUUAAUUUCGUUCUGCCUGUCACCCCCAGUUGGAUAUCCGGGGGGAUAUUUAGUUCCAAAAUCCAGGAAAAAUGUUGUUUUCGACAUCAGGAGCCUGGACAUCCAUUGGGAAUCAUCAUCCAUUUGGAGCUUCAGUCAGAUCCAGGAUUUUCCAUGUGGUCUUGGCUCUUCUCCAGCACCCACAUGGAUGGUCUCCUGCUCUGUCUCCAACCACAGCUCAUCCAACAAGGCUCUCCCAAAGGAUUCCUGACCUAAGCCAGGCUUUGCUUGCUCUCAAUCAACCACAUGUGCCAAAAACAAUCACUGUGACUUCCUAGAAAGCCCGAGGUGACGCUCCUUGGACAGAUCCUGGAAUCCUGUGGAGGUCUGGAAAAGGAGAGACCACAUUGAAAUGUUUUUCACACCCUGGAAACGGAUUCCAUCAGGAAAAUAAGGUUUGAAGGGAGAUGAAGAUUUUUCCAGACUCUUUUUAUUUAGAGGAGGGUGAAAUGAUUUACCUCCACCUUCUGGAUUUCAUUUAAUCAGGGAAUUUGUUUUUUUCUGUUGCAGAAAACAUGAAGUUUAUGAUGUGUGCAUGGAUACAUGGAAUAUUUUAGUCCUGCUCAGAUGGAUAAUUUUCCCUGGGGCUGCUCAAGGACCCCUGCUCAAGGGUCAUCAAAUGGAUGAACACACUCUCAGAGGGGGGAAAAAAGCAAAUAAAAUGAGAUGUGGACAAAUGUGGCUUGUUGGGGACAAACCCACAAGUUUGGGGGCAGUCUGGUUGAUGGUCCAAUCCCUCAUUUUUGGCUCCUAAAUGGAUUCAGUGAAGGAAUGAGAGAUGAACAGUGGAGACACACAUAGGGCAAGGAAAAGUUAUUUUCAAGCAGCUGAACUGAUAUCAGACCCUGCUGAGCAGCCAGAGAUCUCCGGGAGUAAAAAAGGAAUGACUUUUGGGGCUUUUCAACUCCUCAGGCUCCAAACUGGCUGUUGGAAGAGCUAGUCCUGGAUAAAUCCCAGCCCCGACGGCUCUUGGAGAUGAACACCCACAUAUUUAAGGAAUUACUCCAGCAGAAAUUCAAUGAAUGGGCAAAUCCAGGACCAACAAAAGGGGAUUGACAAGAACGAUCAUUUUUACCCCAAAUCCUGCCAAGUGCCCUUAGAGGAAGAGCUCUUCCACCCUCUUCCCAACCACAACGUGCUCUGGACACACCCUGGAAUACACUUUUCCUCCUUAAAUUCUUAAUUCUUGUCGCUUUAGGACACAUUCCCGUGUCUCUGCCUCCCAAACUCCGGGAUCCUGGAGAAGGGGAAUGGCAGGACCCUGCCUGGGGAGUUGGUUUUCCAUAACCCCACCAGUCCCAGGGGCGGCAAUUGAAGAUUCCAAGGGUUUAACUCCAGGGAUGGACAAGGAAACCUUUCCCACCCAGUCCAUAGGAGCCAAUACCUGAGAAGGUGCUACAAACCAGAGCCAAAAUCUGAUUUAUUUCCAGCUGCCAACCCAAACUCACAGUUUAAUGACACCAAAUAUCUCCACAUGCUCCAGAAAGGUGAAUAAAGCAAGGGGAGAUUGGCUCAAACCCCUCACAGGAGAGUUUGUGUCGGGUUUUGAGCCUCCAGAAGUCAGAAUUUAUGGAAAAAACCCAUAAAUAUCUCUCUCUAUGUGUAUGUUUAGAUAUUUAUAACCACGCUGCCCUUUUGGCCUCUGUGUUUUGUGCCCCAAGGAUGAUCUUUGAGAUGAUCAUGAGAAGGGCAAAGCAGUGACAAGUGUCUUCUCACAGGCAAGGCUCAGCUUGAGACGUGGGAUAACCCCAGGGAGUGAGGGCAGAUUCAAUUCAAACAGACAGUUUACAGCCCGAAAUGCUUCUUGGGCAUCUUGUAUCUCUUGAAAUAAAGUGGGGGAAAUUCCCACCUGUUGUAAAUAGUGUUGAUGAUCCCAGUGGAGCCUGACCAGGAUGAUGGGAAUGUGUCAGGGGAUCGUCCAAGAGCUGGUGAUCAAUGUAAGAAAACCAAACUGUUGUGUGUAAAUGGGUACAACCCCCAAACCUGGUCUUCCUUUCUCCCCUCCAAGUGCCAAGUUAUUUGCUGGGGGAGGCAGGAACAGGGACAAGGAUCUUUUCAUGUUUAGGAUCUUGGCCAUCCCAAGAUGGGAUGUUUGGUCCAUGUCCACUCAUGUGACAAACAUAGAAUGGUUUGGGUUGGAAGGGACCUCAAAGCCCAUCCCAUUCCACCCCCUGCCAUGGGCAGAG